AUGAAAUACAAGAAGGGAACAAAAGUGGAGGUGUUGGACAAGAGGGAAGUGCCGUGUGGUUCCUGGAGGCGUGCCGAGAUUGUAUCUGGCAAUGGACACACCUACCGUGUAAAGUACGACCCGUCUCCCCCAGGCACGGGUGAGCUCGUGGAAAGAGUUCCACGAAAGGUUAUUAGGCCCCGCCCUCUGUCGGCUCAAGACCCUGUUGACUUGGUCGCUGGUGAUAUCGUCGAGGUCCUUGAUAGCGCUUCCUGGAAGCUUUCGGAAGUGUUGAGUACAGUUGACCCAAAUUACUUCUAUGUUAGACUCCUGGGAUCUCUCCGGACUCUCAAGGUUCAAAGAUCUGAUCUCAGGCUACGACAGUGCUGGGCGGACAACAGAUGGGUUGCUAUUGGAAAGGUAUUUUGUUCGGCUCUCUCCUUUGACUUUGCAUUGUGCAGUAGUAGUAUGAUCAUUAACCAAGGUACAAGGUAGGCUACCCAAGGAGCGAUGCUAGAAGGCUUCUAGACUCUAACCACGCUGACCAAUAUGUGACAGGGGAAUGCUUUCAUUUCUUCUCCCUAUUUUAUCGUCCUCAAAUAUAAUUCGAUCUGAUAUCUUUCCAUCUUGUUUCAGGAUGUGAGAAAUUCUGACGAUGAAGAGCUGAUGAAGCAAGGGUUCUGUCUGAUGGUGAACUGCCAAAAAGGCGAAGGAUCCACGAAAGAGCAAAACUUUGAGAAAAGUUGUGGUAUUGAAGUGCCCUCAAGAGGCAAGAAGAGAGGAUUCCGAUACUGCUCUUCUAUCCCCAAGUCACUUCAUAGAGAUCGCAAGAGGCUAAAGGCAGUUGACAAAGUGGGUAGUCACCGGCAGCUUGUUGUCAACCAGUGCCAUUCACAGCAAAAGGUAGAUGCUGCUGUUUUCCCACAGAAAAUGCCGGGUGACAGAUAUAUGCCUACCUUCUUAACCAGCAGGACUGGUAUUUCUGUGAUGGACAUGGAUGAAGUAAAAUCGAGUGAGGAUGUGGGUUUUUGUUUUACCAGAUGCCUAGAGCCUACUGAUGCAUCUACUUGUAGUUCUAGCGGUAGCAAUGAUCUGGAUUUGCUUUACCGGUAUCUUUCAACGGGAUCCGGUUUAGAUAGGGAUGAUCUCUCAGAUGACGCCAACUCUUCCUGUUGGUCAAAGCUCGGGGCAACAAAGUCAAUUUCAACAAAGGGGGAUGCGGCUGAAAGAAUUCAUAAGCUAGAGCUCUAUGCAUAUCGUACCACCAUGGAGGCAUUGUACUCUUCUGGUUCCAUAACUUGGGAACAGGAAGAGUUGAUGACUAACCUACGACUUGAGCUCCACAUAUCUAAUGACGAACAUUUAUCAGAACUAAGAUACUUAUCAUCUUCCAAGUCAGAUCUUCCCUGUCAGACAGAUCCUAUGCCACAGUCAUUGUAG